UUGUCGUCUAAAAUGUUCUCCAGACCGUUACAACCUGCUUGGAAGAGCUAUAGAGUCCGUAAUGUUUGAACUAGAGCGAGCUAGGCGUCAAAACAUGUCAGCGAAAAACGCCUACAAACACAAACUUCUCUUCUCGUCGGCCAUGUUGGCUGUGACGUCACCACACCCAUCGAUCGAUCAAAAAUUUCACGUGGACGUCACAAAUAUCCGCCCGAGGCAGGGGAUGAUCCAAAAAUCGAUAAAGAUCUAUCUUUAGCGCUCAUUGAUAAUUUUUGGAGAAUUGAAUAAUAUUCGACGCGAGUUCAUUGCGUCACGUGACUAAUGGUUUGAAAAUAUGGCGGAAUGUCCACAAUGACUCACAUCCACAUUCAUUGAUCACAAUAUCGCGGAUUUUACUGAAGCUGAUCGACUAUCCGUACGUCUUGCUUACUGUUGUCAGGUUCUACUGAAUGCCAAUACUCAUUAUACUUGAUAGGUUGUAAAAUCCCGCCUGUGUCAGCCCUGCGGACUCCUGUCAAAUCCUAGGAAAUGGAAUCCUGUUGGCUGGAGGGGGAGGGGCAGGAGGAAGAGGAGGACAUGGAAGAGGAUUGGUCGGCUCCUGUGGACGGCAGGGAGGCUCAAGAUCAACAUCACUCACCAGCACUGGCCCGUUCAACGGUGUCAUUUUCAAGUCCAGAUGGUCCUUCAGUUGCAAGUGACGGAGCAAGCAGUGCCAGUAGUUCUUCUGCAGAGGGCACAGGCAUCAUGACACGCAUGGAACUCAACACCUUCAAGGCAGGCAUGGAAGGGCUGGACAAGGAGAAGAUCAAUAAAAUCAUCAUGGAAGCAUCAAAAGGUUCUAGGUUCUAUGAGAAUGAGCUGCGUAAAGAGAAGCAGAUGGCCGGCAGGAUUUCUGCCAUGAUGGACAGGCUGGCUUCCAUCACACCUCAGCAGCAGCAGGAGGCUCUGCUACAGGUGGACAAGAUGGUGGAAGACCUUGUUGAAGGGAGAGACCUGUCUCGCACUAUAGUGCAUCUUGACAUGGAUGCCUUCUACGCUGCUGUAGAGAUGAGGGACAACCCUGCCCUUAGGGACAAACCCAUGGCUGUGGGAGGCAUUGGGAUGCUGUCCACCUCCAACUACCUGGCCAGGAAGUAUGGUGUUCGGGCAGCCAUGCCAGGCUUUAUAGGGAAGAAGCUCUGUCCUGACCUGGUCAUCGUGCCGACUAACUUUGACAAGUACCGCACGGUCAGCAGCCAGGUCAGGGACGUGCUCAGGCAGUAUGACCCCUACUUUGCCCCCAUGAGUCUGGAUGAGGCUUACAUGGACCUCACUGAGUAUCUAGAGCUGAGGAAAUCAUUACCCGAAGAAGAGAGAACAUUUUAUGCCCACACAGAGGAGUGCUUUAUGUCAAAGGAAAAUGCUGCAGUGGACAAUCAAAAGAAAGAGGACAUGUUGGGAGAGACACAGGCUAGUGUAAAAGUGCCUGAACUUUCAGUAAAUUCUACAACAAACAUUGAUGAUGAAGAUGGUAGUUUGGAAAAAAGCAAAGUAACACCGUGUCACGAUGAUAAUGUCUCUUCUCCCUGUUGUGGAACAGAGGAAUUGCCAGAAACUUGCGAACAGAUUGCUAAAGAUGUGAAAGAAAAGGAAAAACCAGAAGGCCAUGACUGUGAGACUAUGGGGUGUGAAAAGGUGGUGUUUGGCUGUGAUGCAGAAGAAGUUGUCAGAGAAAUCCGCUUCAGGAUACAGCAGAGGACAUACCUUACAGCCAGUGCAGGUAUAGCUCCAAACAUGAUGUUGGCCAAGGUGUGCUCAGACCAGAACAAGCCCAACGGGCAGUUCUAUAUUCCCUCUGAUUGUGAGGCUAUCAUGGACUUCAUCAAGGAUCUCCCAGUACGCAAGGUGUGUGGGAUAGGUAAGGUGAUGGCCCAACAGCUGAAUGCCCUGGGUAUCACCACCUGUACUCACCUGUAUGAACAGAGAGCUGUCCUGUCCCUGCUCUUCUCACCUAUCAGCUCCUCCCACCUGCUGAGGGUAGCACUGGGGCUGGGAGCAACCAGGAUAGAAAGAGAAUCAGAGAGGAAGAGUAUGAGUGUGGAGAGGACCUUCAGUGAGCUGAGCAAGCCGUCAGAGUUGUACAGGAAGUGCUGGGAGCUGUGUGAGGCACUGGCCAAAGAUUUGCAGGACGAGGGGUUAAAGGGCCGUACAGUCACCAUCAAGCUGAAAACUGUGAACUUCGAGGUGAAGCAGAGAGGACAGACUGUGCCUCGAGCUGUUUCCUCUAUGAAUGAGAUUUAUGACGUAGCAGAGGAACUUCUUAAGAUGGAGAUACAACAAUGUCAGCCACAACCUCUCAGGCUUAGGCUUAUGGGAUCUUCAGCUAAACGGAGAAAACAGGAGAAGCCGCCAACAAAAACAACCACUCUGGACAGAUUCUUUCUCUGAAACUGUGUACUUAAAUUGUACCUUUUGAGGCCUGAAACCAUUUGGAAAUAAAAAAUUAUUUUAGAAGGUUUCUCCAACAAAACCAGUAAGGAGGUGAAGUUAAAUGUUUCAAGUUUUAACAAGUUAUAAGGUUUUACAUAAAUUACAAUUAAAAUUGUACGAAAGGCAUUACGGCUGGGAAUGUUAAUAUUACUGACGUGAUGCUGUGCUGAAUUUGAUAGAAAUUUAUAUUCAUCUGUUGCUUUUCUUUGAAGCAGGCAUACAUGUUAUUUAUGCUGUUUAAUAGCUAUAUUACAGAUAUAAUCAUUUGCUACAUGUAUGUAUAAGUAUGUAUGUAUAUAUAUACAUUUUGUAUAUUGGGUAGAAACUAUGCAAUUCCAUGUGGAUACUACAUCAUUUAUCAUGCAAAAAUCCACAACAAAAUCAUAUUAAGGUGAUAAUUCUUUUAAUUGUAUGACAAUAAAAUAUAUUCAGAUGAAAUGUUGUACAUGUUUCACUCUGUUGUUAUAUUUUUCUCUGUUGGAAGUUGGAACAUUUUUAUUUAAGCCUGAUUCUUGAGGUUUGCUAGGGUGAUUCUUAAGGUUGGUGACAACAUGGAAGCUUUAAAAGAGUUAACGAUGCCAUCCCAUAUUUAAGACAUUUUGCUGACGAGCAAUUACAGUUUCUUUCAUAUUGGGCUUUGUUUCAUCCAGUUUUCAGUCUACAUAAAAGACGAGUUCAUACUGCACAGUGCAGCUUGGACAGUUUGUUCAUCUGCAUUCCAUCUCAUAACCCAGCUACUCAGUCUCAUCCG